ACGUGACUUCAGGAAGGCGGAGACAGGAGAGCUGGAGAGAUGACUGGCAGAUCCGGGCAGGGGUGGGGGGGCUCUUUGAAUAAUUGAGGAGCUGUUCAGCAGCAGCGGCUGCCUCCAGCCUUCCUUUGCCACCAGCGCCCCGCAUCACAGUGGGAGAGAGAGCCCGGCUGUAAGUGCGGACUGCCAGCAGCCAGUUCAUCGCCGCUAACCCUCAGACAUUCAUGCCCAGGAAAAGGCUGCUUUGGGUCCCUCUGGACCUUUCCUAAAAAGAAGAUCCCUGUGCACUAAAUGAGUUCCAGAAGCAGCCACUGAGGCUUCCAUAGCCCUCUUCCAUCAGUUGACUUUCACCAGAACCCCUACUACUCAGGAUGAGUGGCUUCCUCGCCUCCCUGGACCCCCGGCGGGUACAGUGGGGGGCUUCCUGGUAUGCCAUGCACUCCAGGAUCCUGCGCACCAAACCGGUGGAGUCCAUGCUGGAGGGAACAGGGGGCACCACAGCACAUGGUACCAAGCUAGCCCAGGUGCUCACCACCGUGGACCUCAUCUCACUUGGCGUUGGCAGUUGCGUGGGCACAGGGAUGUACGUGGUUUCUGGCCUGGUGGCCAAGGAGAUGGCAGGACCUGGUGUCAUUGUGUCCUUCAUCAUUGCAGCUGUUGCAUCCAUAUUAUCAGGUGUUUGCUAUGCAGAGUUCGGGGUCCGUGUCCCGAAGACCACGGGGUCGGCCUACACCUACAGCUAUGUCACUGUGGGGGAGUUUGUGGCAUUUUUCAUCGGCUGGAACCUGAUCCUGGAAUACCUGAUUGGCACUGCGGCCGGUGCCAGCGCCCUGAGCAGCAUGUUUGACUCGCUGGCAAACCACACGUUCAGCCGCUGGAUGGUGAACAGCGUGGGGACCCUCAAUGGCCUGGGGAAAGGUGAGGAAUCCUACCCAGACCUUCUGGCUCUGGUGAUCGCGGUCAUCGUCACCAUCAUCGUCUCGCUGGGGGUGAAGAACUCUGUGGGCUUCAACAACGUGCUCAAUGUGCUGAACCUGGCAGUGUGGGUGUUCAUCAUGAUUGCAGGCCUCUUCUUCGUCAAUGGGAAGUACUGGGCUGAGGGCCAGUUCUUGCCCCACGGCUGGUCAGGGGUACUGCAAGGAGCAGCCACAUGUUUCUAUGCUUUCAUUGGUUUUGACAUCAUCGCCACCACCGGAGAGGAAGCCAAAAAUCCCAACACGUCCAUCCCUUAUGCUAUCACCGCCUCCCUGGUCAUCUGCCUGACAGCAUAUGUAUCUGUGAGCAUGAUCUUAACUCUGAUGGUGCCAUAUUAUGCCAUUGACACGGAAUCCCCGCUCAUGGAGAUGUUUGUGGUUCAUGGGUUCUAUGCUGCAAAAUUCAUUGUGGCCAUUGGGUCAGUUGCAGGACUGACGGUCAGCUUGCUGGGCUCCCUCUUCCCAAUGCCGAGGGUCAUUUAUGCCAUGGCUGGCGAUGGGCUCCUUUUCAGGUUUCUAGCUCAUGUGAGCUCCUACACGGAGACGCCAGUGGUGGCCUGCAUCGUGUCGGGGUUCCUGGCGGCUCUCCUCUCGCUACUAGUCAGCCUGAGAGAUCUGAUAGAGAUGAUGUCCAUCGGCACACUCCUUGCCUACACCUUGGUCUCUGUCUGUGUCUUGCUCCUUCGAUACCAACCAGAGAGUGACAUUGAUGGUUUUGUCAAGUUCUUGUCCGAGGAGCACACAAAGAAGAAGGAAGGCAUUCUAGCUGACAGUCAGAAGGAAGUAUGUUCUCCUGUAAGUGAAGGAGAAGAGUUUUCUGGCCCUGCCACCAACCCAUGUGGGGCCAAGAACUUACCAUCCUUGGGAGACAAUGAGAUGCUCAUAGGGAAAUCAGACAAGUCAACCUACAAUGUCAACCACCCCAACUACGGCACCGUGGACAUGACCACAGGCAUAGAAGCCGACGAAUCUGAAAACAUUUAUCUCAUCAAGUUAAAAAAGCUGAUCGGGCCCCGUUACUACACCAUGAGGAUCCGGUUGGGCCUUCCAGGCAAAAUGGACCGGCCCACAGCAGCUACGGGGCACACGGUGACCAUCUGCGUGCUCCUGCUCUUCAUCCUCAUGUUCAUCUUCUGCUCCUUCAUCAUCUUUGGUUCUGACUACAUCUCAGAGCAGAGCUGGUGGGCCAUCCUUCUGGUUGUUCUGAUGGUGCUGCUGAUUAGUGCCCUGGUGUUUGUGAUCCUGCAGCAGCCAGAGAACCCCAAGAAGCUGCCCUAUAUGGCCCCUUGCCUCCCCUUUGUGCCUGCCUUUGCCAUGCUGGUGAACAUCUAUCUCAUGCUAAAGCUCUCCACCAUCACAUGGAUCCGGUUUGCCGUCUGGUGCUUUGUGGGAAUGCUCAUUUAUUUUGGGUACGGCAUCUGGAACAGCACCCUGGAAAUCAGCGCCCGCGAGGAGGCCCUGCACCAAAGCACGUACCAGAGCUACGACGUGGACGACCCUUUCUCCGUGGAGGAGGGUUUCUCCUAUGCCACCGAGGGCGAGAGCCAGGAGAACUGGGGCGGGCCGUCCGAAGACAAAGGCUUCUAUUACCAACAGAUGUCCGAUGCCACGGCCAGCCCCCGGACAAGUAGCAAAGCGAAGAGCAAAAGCAAACACAAACAGAACUCGGAGGCCCUGAUUGCGAACGAUGAGUUAGAUUACUCACCAGAGUAGGAGUAAACAACACAAGGAAGACAUAGAAAUGGUGGGGAUGUAUUUUCGGUAACUUAACCUGUGGGCUAGAAGGUGAAAACGUUUUUGCCUCUCAUUUCACAAGUCCAGCCUUCCCCAAAGUCAGUCCCCAGUCAUAGCCUGUCAUUUACUACUUUUGCUCUUCAGGAUAGUUCUGUUGAAGAGACUGGUCCCCUUAUAGAAAAAAAUAUUUUUAAAAAAAAACUAAACAAAAAGCUACAAGAAAUUCUAACUUGGAUGCAACCAUCAGAGCUGAUGGCAGCAAAUGUUUCCCAGGCCUUUGCUCUGCUGGUUGAAUCGUUUUGCUUCUUAUGGAGACCCCAAGAAGCAAGGAGAAAACUUCUUAGACCACACUGAGGCGCAGCUCCUUGUGGAGAUGUGCCAAAGCCGGUGGGAGUGGGCACAAGGCAGCAUUUCUACCACCUGAGACCACAGGGGCAAAGCUCUGUGCUCAGCAUACGGGCUGAGGGCGGCUCCCCCAGGCCUGGGUGGGCAGGUGGCAUUGGCACUUCCUCAGCAAGCAGCAUUUUGUCCUGAAAUCUCACAAAAACAAAUUCAUGGAAAAGACACAUGCUUCUUGUUAUUCACCAACGUUCUCACGGGCUCCAAAAUAUAACUUUAGGAUCCCCCAAAGGUCAGGGACUCUGAAACCAUUUCCCCAAAGGUUUCAGAUUCGCCACACAGCAGUCGUGCAGACCCAGUAAUGGGGUGAGGAGCACCAUCAAAGCUCUACGUAAAUCCCCACAAAACAUUAAAUAAGGUCUCUUGCAGCGAAGGCCAGGGCGUGUGGGCAGAAAUUAACUCCCUGUCAAGCCUUCUCUUAUAGCCGAUUCUAAGCUCCUGCUGAUAGAAUGGAAGGGGGCAAAGGUGGAGCAUGAUUUCAUGGCACUAAUAUGCCUUGAAGAAGGAGGCUGUUUGUUUUAUAAUCAGAUAAAAAUCUUUACAAGGAGAAGUGACCCAGCCACUGAGAUCACAUUGCAAAUUCUAUUUCAGAUUUCUAAAAUUAUAAAUUCUGUCGUGUGUUGGUUGUUGUUUUUUUUUUUUAAAGAUAUGCCACCAUUUGAUUGGUGGGUGCUGCUCUGAAAACAAAAAUGUUGAAGCACGGCUUCUUAGGUAAUUGCAUUCCAUGAGAUCACAUUUCACUUCUGAACCUUAUUCUUCUGGGGUAGCUCACUUUUAGACGUGUGGUUUUUCUCCCUGUUAUUUCCCAGAGCGAUUUCACUGAAGCCCAGAGAAAUAGCUACCUGGUGAGGUCUAAAUCUGGGCCUUAGGAGGUGCUCUUGAAGGAAUUCCUCUGAAACAAGCUGGAGGAGACAACCUGCAACAGGGAAAGGCUCAUGGUCUAUUAACUGCUCCUGGGUUGCAGGGAUUCCAACACUGCAUGGAGAUAUGUGCACAUGUAUGUGAAGGCACGGGGCUUGGGUUAAGCUAAAAUCUCUGUGAGGAUUUCUGAAAAUGGGGCAAAAUAGCAAAUUCCUUAUUCUCUCUCUCUCCUGGAUCUAGUGUUAAGCCAAAAGUUUUCCAGAACACAUCAACAAAUGUUUAAAUCUAUUCUUUCUUACAGGUUGAGGGUGGUGCCAUCUUGGCACACUGUAGGAUUAUGGACAGGAAGCAGAAGUCCGUUUUUCACUCAACGAAUACUGAUUGAGACUGUACCAUGUGAUAAGUGAUAGGAAUGCAGAAAAGAGUGACAUGUGCCCUUGGAGGCUCUCAGCCCAGGGAAAGAGCAGCACUGCAGCCUGAUAGUUGUAAAUAAAAUAGCUGAACAUCA